AUGGCAAAGUUGCUCCUCAAAUCUCGUUCCAUUGAUGCCGUCAACAAGAGAAAAGAAACAGCACUCGAACUGGCAGUCACAUACGGCGAUUGGAGAACCCCAGCUGCUAGAGAGACAAUAGAGGUUCUAAUUGAAAAGACGAAUCUCACGAGCUCUUCUGAUGUUCUCCGUCGAGCGAUAUCCAAUCAUAAACAUACCACACCGCAAGGAGUUUUCUCGCUCUUAAUACAAAUAUGGGUUUACUCAUUGCAUCUCGCCGCUCUGUGGAAAUUCACAGAUGUAAUCUGUUUGUUGAUCGUCAGAGGUGCUGAAGUAUCAUUCAUCGACAAGGAUGGCGCAUCCCUACUGCAUCGUGCAGCUUCACGGCCCGACGCAGACCAAGAAGCCAUCGAACUGUUCGUAGAUGCUAAGCUCAGGCUAGAUCAGAAAGACAACGAAGGUAGAAGACCAAUUCACUUUGCCGCUCGAUCCGGAAACGUGGCGACACUGAAGCUCUUGAGAAUUAAGGGAGCUGUCUUCAAUUUGACAGACAACAUGGGUAAUUCAAUUCUGCACUAUUCUGUUCUGAAUAAUAAUUAUUCUAAGGAAGUCAUCGAGUACCUCGUCAGCUCCAAGGCAGUCCAUAUAGACGUUGGAGAUAUCAAUUACGAGACUCCAAUGAUGUAUGCAAUUAGAUGUGGUUGUGAUCUUGCAGUCGAAACGCUUAUAGGUCUCGGUACAGAUAUGUCAACAAAAGAUACGGAACUCCAUACUGCACUUCACUCCGCUGUACAGCAUAGGAGAGGGAGUAAGCUUGUGCAACUUCUGAUAGAUAGCGGAAUUGAUAUCAAUGAUCAGGAUGUUCAAGGAGAUACAGCUUUGCAUUUGGAAUUGAAAAGGCGCCCCCGCUUCCCUAUCAUACGGGAUUUACUCCGUGCCAGAGCUAGUACUUCCAUAAAGAACAACAAUGGAGAAACCGCGCUUGAUACCAGAAGCGAAGAUGUUAAAACAGUCGUUCAUCACGCUGCGGCACAAAACUCACGAGAAACUCUGAAACUACUGUUGGACCGCGGAGCUUCCAUUAAUACCAAGAAUAGUGACGGGUACACACCAUUAUACGAUGCCGCGAGCUGUGGCACGACUAGAUCCUUGGGAGAUCUUUUCAGGAUAGAUGGAUUCGAUGUCAAUACCACCUUGCCCAAUGGAAGGAUAUCCUUACAUGUUGCAGCUGAACAGGGCUACGUUACAAACACAUCAGUUCAAACACCGCUAUCGCUAGCGACCGAAUCGCAACGUACGGAAGUUGUGAAGACACUGCCCAAAAAUGGUGCCAAGUGUACCAUGAAGAGAAAGAUCGACGGCUGGACACCUUUGCACAUCGCAGUUUCCACCGGGAAUAUUGAGAUUGCAAGAUUAUUGCUCGACCAAUAUCCUGAAUUGAAGAAUCUUCAGGACAACAAAUAUCAAACACCGGCGACCCUUGCUUUUUGGAAGGGGAAUGCGAGCCUGAUUCUUUUAUUUCUAGAGAAUGGAGCUGAAGGCUUUCCUCAUUUAGAAUUCUCUCCGACUCCUACAUUCACCCCUCUCGUUUUAUCAGUUUUACGAGAUCAGCAGAUGCGCCGUCUUGUGACAGUUUCCCAAUACAGGCAGGAGGUGGAAUAUAAUGGUUUUAGUCUCAUACAAAAGCUUUUGUCGCUUCAGCGGUCUGAAUUGGACUGGAUCCUGAAGACGAGAUUUUUAUGCGGGGGUAUUCUUCUACAUAUCGCCUCCGAAAAGGAUGUUAGAUUAUGGGUUGAGAGAUUCCACAUGGCAGUGGAUGAUCUGGACGACAAUGGCUGCACCGCGUUAUGCCGGACAAGCGCCACUGACAAUACUGGGCUUGCAAAGGCUCUUGUAAAAGUUGGCACGAACGUAAAUCUAGCCAAUUCUUUGAAAUCAAGCCCAUUGCACGUUGCCGUCGAGCGUAAUCGUUUUGAGAUGGUGAAAUUCCUGCUUGGAUGCGCAAAUGUCAACAUAAAGGCAGUGGAUGGUAAUAUACGUACGCCAUUGAAUCGCGCAGUUCGGCUGCAAUUAGUCACAAAGGUUCUUCUAGCUCAAGAGGACCUUGCUAUUGAUGUUAAGGAUGACAAGGGUAAGACAGCACUGGACUAUGCUCGAUCCCAGAAGGAUAAGAAGAUCGAGGAUUUGAUCCUCGCUACCUUGUCUAAGAAGAAAUCUCAACAGGUUGAUGAGAUUUUCUUCGACACAUUGGCUCAGGUGCCAUUGAAUGGUGCAUCAUCAACGAGAUGA